AUGAGAUCAGUAGCACAAGAUCUCACGCUAUUAAUCUCGCGGGAUCUCACACUACAGUACUUUAGGCCUCUGUUCCCUGUAAAUGCACCAAAGCAGGUUGGUUUCUGCCUGUUUGCCAGAGAAGCUGCUGCAAAGCAAGUUCUGAUUCUUAUUUCAUUUAUCAAAGAUGAUUUCCAAAAAGGACUAAACACUUCUGUGGCUGUUGUUGAUUUGACUGUAGCAGCUAACAACCAUGGCAUUGAUGGCGUCUGGAAAGUAGACAAGAGUGAAAACUAUGAAAAGUUCAUGGAAGUAAUGGGUAUUAAUUUAGUGAAGAGGAAGCUUGGAGCCCAUGACAAUCUGAAGCUCACAAUCAAACAAGACGGAAACAAAAUCACAUUCAAGAAAACAGCAUUUCCGCCGCAUAGAGAUGUGUCACUUUGGGAGUGAAUUUUUGACUACAGUUUAGCUGAUGGAACUGAACUCAAUGGGGACAUGGAGCUGAAAGGAAACCAACUAAUAGGUGCAUUCAACCGUAAGGAUAAUGGAAAGAAACUUGACGCACUGCGGGAAAUUGUAGGAGACGAAAUGAUUCAGACUUACACCUAUGAAGGAGUAAUAGCCAAAAGAUUCUUCAAGAAAGCAUAA